AUGGGAGGAGUCUCAAGUUAUCCUGGUCGUCCUGGUCCUAUUGGUCGUCUACAGACCUCUUCUGGUAGGAAUGUUAACAUAAAUGGUCAACCAUAUUUCUGCGAGAAACGUUUGGGUUCUGGUGGCUUUGGUGCUGUGUAUCAGUCAAGAGCACCAAAUGGAACACCGGUUGCUCUAAAAGUAACAAGAUUAUCGGGCGUAGGACGUGCACAAAUGGAAGGUCGUGUCGAUGCUUUUUUAAAUGAAGUCGGCCAAUUGAAUCGAUUACGACGAGAAACACGUCACGUGGUUAUUAUUCAUGAUUUUGCUUUUGACCCUCGCCUCGGAGAAGCCUAUAUCGUCAUGGAGUUAGGUAAUGAGAAUCUAACGACACUGAUUGAUCGACUACGUCAGAUGACUGGUACAGGCGGUGGAGCUAUUGACGGAGAGAUGAUUCACGCAUUUUGGCAACAAAUGGUUAGUAUUGUUGGCACACUACAUAAGAAUCGAAUUGUUCACAUGGAUUUGAAACCAGACAAUUUUAUUUUAUUUGGCACAACGCUCAAAAUUGCUGAUUUAGGUAUUGCUAGGAAAACGAGUGCUUUAGGUUACGGUCGACUUGGUACCGAAGGCUUUAGUGCACCAGAAGUCAUGCGUGAUAUUCCUGGCGCUCCACGUUACUAUACACCGAAAGCAGAUAUCUGGUCAUUAGGAGCUAUUCUUUAUUAUAUGGUCUAUGGAACCGUACCCGGAUAUCAUCCAGCAGCUGCUAACCCGCCACAUCGGCAACGACCCUAUCCAGAUCAUCUUUUGGUUUCGAUGCUUCGUCGUACUUUGGUAUUUCAUCCAAAUCAAAGAGCUGAUAUACGCGAAGUAGCAAAUCAUCCAUUUACUCGACAACAAUGA